GAGAAAAAAAAAAAGGGCAGAGGUUCGUCGAAAGGCCCGCUCGGUAAUUCUCAUCAUUAGUUUGAACCUGGCUAAUUUUUUUCUGUAUGGGUUUGGAGGUUCGUUUGCCAAAACAUCGCGAGCUAACGAAAGGAAAAGAAAAGAUACUUUCAACAAUCAAGGCAUUACGGCACAGAAAAAAGGGAACUGGGAUAAUUGUCGCUCAAUUGCGACAACAACUGCAACCAAACAACACGACGGCGGCUACUUCCGCGUCGUUGUCGGCAACCUCAGCAAAAUCCACUGGCUGCUGGAGGCGUAUCGAAUUUGCUGGGUUGAAUCGUGCGCAGUCCCGGUUGAGGUGCGCACGCUGAGUCGGACAGGAAACCGCCUGGCUAAGGGAAACCAGGCCACAACCACGAUUUGAGAAACCAGGGAUUCUGGAGGAACAGGGAAAGGGUCCGGCUGGCUUGGGCGCUGAUAUACUUGGUCACGGGUAUCGCGCCAGAAGUCAGGGACGGUUGAAAUCUGGAAACGACCAACCACCAGCACCAACCAGAAACAACAGCCACAUACAACCGCAAAAAUGCGGCAAUCGUCAGCAUCAUCCCCAUGGUCAUGGGCAUCACAACAAUCACAACAAGCCCCCGGAAGGCCGCUGGCCAGGUUAUUACCACUACUGCUACUGCAGCUGGUGCUGUUCACGACGGCGGCUCUCGGCUUCGACCCGGUCAAGGAUGCCGAGUGCGACUCGGUCGACAGCAUCUGCCUGACUUCCUUCAGGUGGUGCGCUCGCAAUGGGCGCAGCUGCCACUACCCAGAGGGCGUCGACGCCUACAUCCCGUGGUCGACCUCGAGUCCCUACGCGAUGCUGUACCACGGCAACGUCUACGACGUCACGUGGAAGCAGGCCGUGCCUGGGGUGCCCGUCAAGAUCGAGUGGUUCUUCUCGGAGAAGCUCUAUACUACUGUCAAUGACGGUUGGGGCACUCCCCAGGUCAUGUGGAGUAUGAACACCACAGACAGCUCAUUCACGUUCGACCCGCUCGCCAUCCUGAUGAGCUUCCCGACGCAGUACAGCAACAUCAGCUCGGGCGAGGCCAUCGCGGCCACGCACGACGUGAGCAACUACCUGCGCAUCAGCCAACCCAACGCCACAUCCGACUCGCAGCGCGCGCCCGCGCUGACGGAUCAGUUCCUCGUCCACACGGGCUGGACCGAGGAGUUUGUGCGCAACGUCCAGGCCUUUGACGCCAACCUGUACGGCCAGCAGCAGCGAAACUGGCAAAUUGGCGUCGGCGCCGGCAUCGGCAUCGGCCUGCCGCUCAUCGUCGUCCUGAGCUGGUUCAUGGGCCACCGCCUCGGCACAAAGGCCGGGUACGAGCUCGCCGCAAAGGUGGCCAGGAGGAGGGAGGUCAGGGAGAUGAGCUAGAAGCAAAGACACAACGACCGGGAGGGUGUUUUGCUGUCGAGCCUGUUAAGUUGCAUUGUACAAACUGAUGAAGCGUUGUUCUUUUUUUGUUAUUUCCUGUAAUGUUCUCGAUGAACUCAUGGGCUUGUUUUGCGCCGGCGUUUCGGAUGUCUCUUGUUGGAGGGCAUAACUCAUGAUUUGCGGCUGGGUGGAUCUGCAGCCUUCAUUUCCUAGAUACCCUCAUAGUAAUGUUACCCACUCGUUUUAUUUUCCACACAUAUACCGAGUGCCU